CUCUGAAUUUGACUCGAGUGGGAGUGGCUGUUUAUAUAUUUUUACUUUGUACCAUUGCAUUGUUAUUGACAAAAUGUUGUUAGUUCUUGAAGAUGAACACAAGAAGCAUUUAUCUUUUUUACCCUCGGUAGAUAUUGCAGUGGUUAAAGAGUUCUGUAGAAUAAGUAUGGAAUUUAUCAGAAAAGGAACAAAUCCAAAAGUUUACACAUCAGCUGCUCAAAAGCUGGGUGUGGAAGCAGCUCAAGUUCAAAAUGGUGUCGAGGGUUUAAUGUAUUUAUUAACAGAAUCUUCAAAACUUAUGUUAAAUGAAGUGGAUUAUCAAGAUAGUAUAAUAGUUUUGGGUUUUAGUGAAGAGCUGAGAGAAAUGUUAUUACAACUUUAUAUAGAAAAUAGAAAAGAAAUACGAACAAUUUUAUCAGAAAUAUCAAUGGACCUUCCACAUUAUCGUAAUCUAGAAUGGCGAUUUGAUGUACAGUUGGCUAGUCGCUCCCUUAGAAGGCAAACUACACCCCUUAUUUUAUUCAAACUACACACAGAAAGUUAUGGAGAACAAGAAAGUCAAGUUUUACAGACAGAUCCUGUAAAUUUGGUUCAUUUAACUAAAGUUUUAGACGAAGCUCUUCAAGAAAUGAAAUCACCGUACUGUCGUAGGAUUGUUAGAAAUAUUAAAUAAUAUUUCACAUGAAAAUUGUAAUACUAAUUGUAGAAAUAAAGGUUGUUGUUUUGUUUUUA